GAGGUGGAAGAAAUAGAGGUGGAUCUCUAGCCAAUCGUGGUGGCAGAGGAGGCAGAUUUAGAUUCACUAAUGGCAAAAAAAAGAAGAGUAAAGGUAGAUCUAAUAACCAUCGUGGGAAUUCCAUGCCUAACUACAAUGUACCUGAACUUAUGGAUCUUGAAGAUAAUGUGUAUAUUCCAGAAAUUGGAAGCUCUGUUCCAAAGGGUAGUAUGAGAAGUUUAUCUAGACGUCCAGCCAGGCAACAGAUGUUCGCUGAAGCUCAAUAUACAGAUAAACAUAUUGAACAAACUGUGAAUCAGCCUUUACGUAAAAGAGGUAUAGAAUUUGUUAAGGCUAAAGAGGUAUAUGAUCCGAGUGCAGAUUUGUUCAAAAAAAUGAAUAAGUCAAACACAAUGUCUGAAAAAGAAGGAGAUAUUGUGGAUGGAAUGAAUUCUUUGAAUGUUGAAAACCUUCAAUCACCAACUGAUUCAAACUCUGAUGGUUACACUUUACCCAAAGAGUCGGUUUCUAAGGGCCUAGAGACUGAAAUUACUCCUGAUGACCUUUCUGGUAGUAUUGAUAAGAAAACGGAUGAGGAGGUUACAACUCAUAAAACUGAAUUCUCUGUUCCAGUUCCUGAAACCGAAGACACAUCAAGCGAAUCAGAUGAAAAAACAUCAUCAUCCAAGAAUGAUACUUCUAAGAGUGAUCCAACCAAGGAUGACGCUACAACCCAAAUUGAUCCCGUCGAUCCAAUUGAUUUCGUAAUAGAUACAGAAGGCGAUAAGGAAAUCAUGUCUUCUGCAGCGGUAUCAAAACCACCCACUUAUGCAUUAGUUGAUCAGCCAAAGCCUGCUGAACCAGUUCCUGGUACUCAGCUUGAACAUGAUCCAUAUCUAACUGUCGGAAAUGUUUCUUUACAUACGAAAAGAGAUCAUGAUGGUAACACUACGACGUCUUUAAUGACCUCUUCAGAGCUGACAGAUAUCCGUUCAGGAUUUAUUGACGAAAGAUCUAAUAAUAAAGACUUUGGUGAGGAUAUGAGUGAUAUUUCAGAUGAUGACGUUUCGGGUUAUAAAGACUAUAUCAAGCUGGUAAUGGAUAACAUGCUGAAGGAAAACAGCGAUUAUGAUGAUGAUGUAUACGAAAGUGAUACUAAUUUUGAUAUCAUGGCAUCAUCCUCAAGCUCAGAUGAAGACGAAGAUAGUGAUGCACAAAGUUCGGAUAAUGAUGUUUCUAAGGAUCCAGAAUAUGGGUUCCUCCCAGAAGAUUAUGAAUUUGACGUAUCCCAAUUGGACAUCAGUAAUGUCAGAUUGGGUCUUAAAAAUCAAUACUACGCUAAAAAUUUUGAAUUGACUGGCUCAAUGUCAGAUUUUAUGUGGAUUGAUGAAGAUGAAUUAUUUGAUUUUGUUAUACUGAAAGGUGUUAAAGAACAUAGACUUCAUAGUUAUAUGAAAUUCGCAACAAAAGGCUUGAUUGAUGAAGACGAGUUUUCUCAACCAGACUAUUCGGACGUUUAUAUUUCUGAGAGUUCUGAAGAUGAAGAAGAUGAUGAUGUAUCACAGGAGGGCGACAACUUAGAUGAUUUACUACAAUUUUCAAGAGCUCAAGCUCAGCGUCAACAAGGCUAUGAUGAAAUCGAUUUCCCAUCAACCCAAUCUAUCGAGACUACUGGUAAAGGUAAGAAGAAGAAGUUGAAGUUAGAUCGAUUUGAUCUUGAAAAUGACUUAAUUGAGUCCUUACAAGAUCAAUAUCAAACUCACAGAGAAGCUAAGAAGAAUAAGAAGAGUAGAAAAGAAGAAGAAAAGCUACUCAAUGGCUUAGCUAAUGAUGAUCUAAGAAUAAAAUAUCCUUAUUCUCUUCAUAUAAGGGAUAUAAGAGAUGAGUUUGAAAAUUUCCUCCAUGACUCCAAUCGACAAGAUAUGAGUUUCCCUCCGCUAGACCCACAUGGUAAUAAAACUAUUUGUAAAAUGGCAACUUGUUAUAAUAUGAAGUCAUCCAAAAAUGGUGGGAAUGGGUUAAAAUCUUUUAUAAAAGUUUCAAAAAACAGAAAGACUUUCCAUUAUUUGCCUAAAUUUGACCAGGUAGGUAAUAUAUUAAGACAGAGACCUAUUUUCAACAGAACCGAUGCCAAAAGGCCAAAGGAUGAAAUAGAUAAGACCGAUGGUAAAAGAAAAGAUAAACAGAGAAGAAGAACUAAACCAGAAAAUAAGGCUGUUGCCAAAGAAGGUGAUAUAGUUGGUAUUAAUGCACCAGAAAUUGAUCGUAAUAAUAUUGGUAGACAAUUAUUAGAAAAGCUUGGUUGGACUCAAGGUGAAGGUUUAGGUGCUCAUGGCAAUAAGGGUAGCAGCGAUUUUGUUUUAGCUAAAGUGAAAAAGACAAAGACUGGUUUGAAAUAGAUAUGACGUUCAUUAUACAUUAAAUCUAGAUACCAUCUAGUGGCUUUAUAGAAAAGAAAGAGAAAAAAAAAAGAUAUAUUUAAU